GAAUUUAUCACACGAUUUGAAUGAACUAUUUUCAAUUACUUUUACGACAAAUCGCGAUUCGAUGUGAGUUACUUCAAAGGUCGAAUGGACGAAAAAUUCGCAUUUCAAUAUUCAUUCGCCGUCCAACCGUACUACACAUAGGUAUUAAUCAAAAGAAGGAUUACCAAAGAUAUUUCAAAACGAAAUCUAUAUUAUGUAGGAAAAAAUAAUGGACAAAUCAACCGGAGCACAUGAACUUUUCAUCGCAAUGAAUGUACGUAAGCUUUUACCCAUACUAUUGAUACACGCGCUUAUAUUUUGCUCGAACACGAAUAACUCAAAUGCAAAUCCAGUCAACGAAACCUGGCAAGUGUUUUCAGAUGAAAACGUCGAAAGAUUCAGUCGCUUGGCAGUAGAUGAAAAUGGAAGAUGGGUAUAUAUAAGCGCAAGAAACCGUAUUUAUCAAUUAUCAACGGAUCUUGAGCUGCAAAUUAAUUAUACUAUAUCGGAACUCAGUCCUUCAGAUUGUACAGCUCCCAACUGUUCACAUAAAUUGAAACAAACAGAAACAGACACGGAUAAUUGGAACGACGUGCUCGUAUUAGACUAUCAGAAUCAGCAACUGAUUUCGUGUGGUACUUUUUUCUCGGGUAUCUGUCAUGCUCACGAAAUGAGUAAUAUUUCGAAAAUCUGGACAAUUGGGUCAGAACCUAUAGCAAAAAGUAGCUCUUACACGUCAAUUGUAGCCGUCAUAGCUCCCAAUUUACUAAAGAAUUUGUCAACACCACUAUCAACACUGUAUGUUGGUAUCACUGUUGAUAAUGAUGUACAGCCGAUCCAAGUAAUAACUAUCGAAAAUCUAGAACGGGAGCACUUUUCAUCAGUUCUAACACAAAAUACUACAUCCCAUUUUACGAAAAAAGAGUGUUCCACUGCAAAUGCUGGAUUCAUUAUUUAUGGUUUCAGUUAUGAAAACGUCGGCUAUUUAAUCACGAUGAAUAACCAUGACCUAAACGAUCGGAUAGGAGGGUAUCUAAUUGUGGCAGAUACUCAUAAAAACAAUUUGUGCGAUAAAGUUCCUAUAGUUUGCACUUCAGCUUCAGAUGAGACAUUUAUGGGAAUAAUCUUAUAUGCAUAUAUCCAAGAGCGACAUCCAGAUUCUGGUACAAAAACAGAUUCACAUGAAAUGGAGGAAACAACGAUGAUGUUCACACUACUACACAAGAGCUCCGUGAAGGUGCGCGUUUCGUCGGUACAAAUAUGUAGGCAUAAAAUAAAUAAAUUAAAUUCUCUAAUUCAAAAGGAUGAACCGCUGAUAGGAGACCUGAUAUUUUCGGAUCCAGAAGAUAAAGAACAGAUCACAUCAAUGGUGGCUACCUCAAUUAAUAAUUACACGAUCUUGUUUCUUGGUACCGGAGACGGUCGGCUACUGAAAAUAUCAAUAAAAGGAGUAGAUUCGCUCGCUUUGUUCACCGCAGAUAAAUAUGCAGACAUAACGAUUGAUUCGGAAACCUCAGUAGGGGAUAUGCAGUUUGAUUCUACAAUGAACUUUUUAUACGUAAUGACUGAAAAGAAACUAACCAAACUCAAAAUACAUAAUUGCGAUGAAUAUAACACAUCACACGCAUGUUUGGAGAUAAAAGAUCCUUAUUGUGGAUGGUGUUUUCCUUGCAAUAGAUGUUGUUUAAAAUCGGAGUGUGAUGUUGAACAAAACCACAUCAACUGGAUCUCGUAUGAUAUUGAUAAAUACAUAGACGCAUCUUCAAGUCCAGCAACCAACAUCUCAAGAACAGCGGAAUCAAAUGUAACUUUAAAAUUAAUAACUUCGCAUCCGUUCGUCAACCAUGCAAUAAUAUGUUCAUUCGACUUUGGCAAUUUCUCCAUUGAUACAACAACCAUGUGCAACAAAAAUAGUAUCAACUGCGUAACACCGACUACUAAUCAUUUACCUCCAACACUCAUCGAUAAUCAUUCCAUAGGAGCAGAGCUAUCAGUCCACACAAACCAUUUCCCAGUAUUUCAAAAAAUUCACAUCAUAUUUUACGAUUGUAAUACAUACGGAUCGUGUUUAUCAUGUAUGACUUCUCCUUAUCCAUGCCUGUGGUAUGCGAAUGAAUAUAGAUGCACAGAUAUCACAAUUUGGAAAGAAGAAGAUAUAGUAAUGGGUAUGAAUUUUAGCAGUACACAUUUCCCUGGACUGAAUAGUAGAGCAUUAUAUGAUGGAAAUAAAUUCUCAAAAAACGUGAUGUUUUGCCCACAGUUUUUCACCGACCCUAUAUCAGACAUUUACAUACCCGCCCACACAGUAAAGACGCAACAAAUACAAGUACAUUAUAAGAUCCCAAUCUGGUUACCUUAUAUUCCUCAAUUCACAUGUAAAUUUGUAUUCGAUUCUAACAAAGAGAAGAUACAAUUUGUGCAGUGCGGAUACAGCUAUACUCCAGGAGGUGGUGUGAUAGAGGGAAGAAUCACAUGUGAUCAUGUAAUAUUCGCAUACGCUGAAUCGAAACCUUUCAUAACAGUCGAAUUGCACGUUUUAUGGAACGGAUCAAUACCAAUUGACAACACGUACAACACUCAUAUUGUGGUGUAUAAAUGCGCCCAUAUGGGCAAUGAAUGCAUAGCAUGUCUGAAUAAGAACUACUCAUGUAUGUGGAAUUCAGAAACUGAAGAAUGUAAAUACUACAGCUUAAAUGAUACUUCCAACAUUACUGAUCCCUGGUUGCAUGACAUACAGAACUGUUCAAAUUCAACAAUAUUUCAAGAAAUCCUGCAAAAAAACCCAUCAACAAAUUGGUUAACAGAAAACAUCCAUUUAAUAAUACCCUCAAUAGUGGCAGUAACGUUUACCGUAGUCGCAGUAUUCGUUAUUUAUAGAAAAUCUACAGUAAAAUCGCGAAAAAUGCAACAACAAAUUAAUAAAAUGGGUAUGGAAAUGAUAUCUAUGUCGCAAUGCGUAAAACGCGUGGUAAUUGAGAACGAAAUCGAGUUGAACGAAAAUGAAUCAGACAUACUGAGAUUGCCAAACGUCAAUAUCGUAUACGAACCUUUUUCGACAUCGUCUGAAAAUGAAACCGAACGGAAGAACGAAUAUGAAUUACUGCUGGAUGAGACAUGGGAAAUUCCUCGAGAAAACCUAGUUCUAGGGAAAUUUCUAGGGGAAGGAGAGUUUGGAAGAGUGGUCAAGGGAAAUGUUUCGGGCCUCUUUCAGCAAGAUAUUGUCACAACAGUGGCAGUUAAAAUGCUGAAAAAGAAGCACACUGACGUAGAUAUGGUAAAUUUAGUCAAAGAAAUGGAACUAAUGAAACUCAUCGGCAGACACGACAAUGUACUGGGUCUACUCGGAUGCUGUACACAAGAUGGACCUUUACUCAUCAUCACCGAAUACUCUCCACAUGGCAAUUUACUCGAUUUCCUACGAAACCACAACCGCGACUUAUCCACAGCUCAGGAACCAACAUCGAUUGACUUGUCCGAAACAGUUCUAAUCACGUUCGCUCUACAAGUAGCUAAAGGCAUGGAAUACUUGGCUUCUAUUAAAUGCAUCCACCGAGACCUCGCUGCUCGAAAUGUAUUGGUAUUCGAUGAUUACGUCGUGAAAAUAGCUGACUUUGGAUUAGCCAGAGAUAUUCGACAUGAAUACUACUACAGGCAAAAAACUACAGGUAGAUUCCCAGUCAAAUGGAUGGCCCCAGAAUCUUUGAAACAUUGUCGUUAUACUAUUCAAUCUGAUGUGUGGUCAUACGGCGUAUUACUUUGGGAGAUAAUGACGUUCGGCACUGUUCCCUAUUUAGCAUACGAUGAUGCAGAAAAAUUAGUAAAGGACAUUAAGGCGGGGUAUCGUAUGAACAAACCGGACGACUGUCCAGAAAUGUUGUAUUGUCUAAUGCGAAAAUGCUGGAAUUAUCUGCCCAAAGAUCGACCAGACUUUACAACAAUCAUUCGAGAGUUACAUGCAAUAAUUCUAGCCGCAGAAAACGUAGUAAUGGAACAACCUGAUUCUCAGAGUUCAAACAUCACCACAGAAUCCGAUCACGAGGAAAGUGAAACAGAUAGCUUAUUAAAGAUGAGUCGUUGAAAAAUUAAGGAAUACACCGCAAUCUUAUUAAAUACCUAUGAUAUAAAAUAUUAUUUAAGAACCUAUUUAUGUUAGUAUACUUUUUAAAUGUUGAAUUGUUGAAUAUUUAUUUUAUUUAUAGUACAUACAUACAUAGUACCUAUUCAGUGUCUCCCUCUAUCUGAUUUUUAAAGGGUCAUUCCAUGUCAACUCAACCAACGUUUUUGGGUCAUGUCCUUCGAUUUCGCUCAAAUUUUUUUUACAAUAUCUACCCACCCAGUAAGUAAGA